AUGGAGGGCGAGGCACCGACCGAACGCAAAUCCCGCAAAUCCGUUGCUUUUGACGACGAACAAGUCGUAGUCGACGCUGACGGUUCCGUCACCAUGGUUAACGCUACCGAAGAACCCAAGGAUUCGGCUCAGUCCCACACGCCUCGUACGCCGCCGCUCUCUGCCGCCCUUGAGUCCUUUACUGAUUCGCAAACGACAGCCGUUGAGGAUGCUCCCCCAGCUGAGGAUGGUGGUCUUGAUCUUUCCCUCAUGAAGAAGAAGAAGAAGAAGUCCAAGAAGGUUGAUGACGAUGCCGAAGCCGCCCCCGCUGACGAUGCUGCCCCCGCCGAGGAUGGAGGUCUCGAUCUCACCCUCAAGAAGAAGAAGAAGAAGCCUAAGGCUCCCAAGGACGACGACUUCACCAAGCAGCUCGAGAAGCUCGAGUUGCAGGAGGGCGCUGAGGAGACCGAAGAGGCUCCUCAAGAGCAGGAGGGUGACAUGAACGAAGGAACUGGUAUCUGGGCCCACGAUGAGACUAAGACCAUCGGCUACACCAUGCUCCUUUCUCGAUUCUUCAGCGAGCUCACCCAGAGGAACCCCGACCACGUUAUGACUGGAACAAAGAGCUACAAGAUCCCCCCUCCUCAGUGUAUGCGAGAAGGCAACCGAAAAACCGUUUUCGCCAACAUUGCCGAUAUCUGCAAGCGCAUGAAGAGAACCGAAGAGCACGUCACCGCCUAUCUGUUUGCUGAGUUGGGUACUAGCGGUUCCGUUGAUGGUAGCCGAAGACUGGUUAUCAAGGGUCGUUUCCAACAGAAGCAGAUUGAGAACGUCGUCCGAAAAUACAUCAUCGAGUAUGUCACCUGCAAGACCUGCAAAUCUCCCGAUACCGAGCUCAACAAGGGUGAGAACCGUCUAUACUUCAUCACUUGCAACAACUGUGGUUCUCGACGAAGUGUCACUGCUAUCAAGACCGGUUUCUCCGCCCAAGUCGGAAAGCGAAGAAAGAUGCAGGGUUAA